AUGGCCGACAUCAACAAGCUUAAGGCUGAGCCUUUUGGUGAACCCCCCGUUUGGGCUGCAACCCGACAGGCUCUCUGCGAUGCUCUGCCUUACUACAAAGCGCACCAGAGCAGUGCUCACACCAACAACAAGACUAUGGUGGGAUUUCUCCUUGGCGGCUUUCCAACUAUUCGAGACCGCAUGGAUGCAGAGGUCAUCAUCACUGCGCUCGGUGGCGGCAGAGAGCGCGAUGUUGAUGGCAACAUGAUCCGAGUCAAGGAGAGCUUUGAGAGAAACUUGUCCUCUGCCCAAGCUUCCAUGAUGAAAGCCAUGCCCGUUGGCGUCAUCUUAGAUAAGAACUACCCCAGCUUGUCCAUCGCCACGGAGCACAAGUACAGCGUCAUGGCAUUCUUCACCAUCACGGACAUUUGGUCCGAGAAAGAAGCCAAUGGACAGUUCUGCCACAAGAUUCGACUUGAGAAGAUCGACCGUUCUAUACCAUCUUGGUGGCAGGCAAAGGCUGAAGUUCAACACACUGUCAAGCCUCAGGAGUUCAGUGAUGUUCGCCAAAGCUGUGGCAAGUGCUUGAAGACGUCCAAGCAAUACUUCAUUCAGGGCUGGACCUGCUUGAAUGCUCACUGCGAAGAUUCAUUCAUCUUCUCCUCAGAGACCGACAUCAUGGGGCUUGUAGCUGCUUCUCACUGCUCUGCAACCCUUGCUUGGUGCAUCGACUGCCACCAGCACUGCAAGACGGUCUUCUCUGCCGGAUGGACCUGUCUCAACCGCAAGUGCAAGAAGUUCUUCACGUUCCCAGAUGAUGUGGAUGUUGCUCGCCUGGAAUACUCGGAGAACUUUCUUCAAGAGAGAACAACGUUUCAACUCCCUAAGCAGCUUCUUCAACCGAACCUUCCAUCCAUGAAAGGCCAUCUCGGCACCGAGAAUGCAAUGCGUCAGGGUAUUGUCUGUCCUCAGUGCCACGGCUGCUCGAGACGAAUUGAUUGGACUCACUGGGCUUAUGAGAACCGGGAGUGCAACUUCGUCUUGAUGGCUAAGCCGGCUGCAUUCCCUCUGCAGGAUGUCCUCCAAGAGGAGACUCAUGUCAAGAGAAUGCAUGGAUCUAGACUCUACGAUGCAGGAAUUCUGCAGCACCACGCCCAGAUCAAUGGUCUUCCCAUUGAACAAUAUCUUCUUCCGGAUCCCAACAACGCCAGCAGAAUCAUUGGCUCAGUCAGUAUCAUCCGCACGACCCAGACUGCGAAUGGACAGCCUGGCGGCCCUGAUGAGAUGUGGAAGGUCUCUAACGAGUCUGUCGACACCUUCAACCUGUCCAGAAACUCGGUGGUUCAUCCCGGAUUACCCACUGAAAAGCUGACGAGAAACUUCCUUCAAAACUGGGGCGCUCCCUACAAGUUCGUUGUCGCGGUGGACUCCAAGCCAUUCUCGGCGGCCCCCGAGGCCUUCAUCGGAGCCCUCAAGAGAAUGGAGUGGGCUGGUGAAGUAUCAAUCGAGAUGACGAACCAAGUCUUGGGAGUUGUUGACCGCCACGCUCAGCACACUGGACUGACUCGGGACCCGUCUGUCACUCCUGAGUUCACCAACUUUAACGAGCUGUUGUCCAUCGGCUAUAUGGAGAAUGACAAGAUCGGCUUUCACGAUGAUGGCGAAGAUACCUUGGGCCCUACGGUAGCCACACUUUCUUUGGGAAGCCCGGCUAUUAUGUUCUUUGCCAAGAAAACAAAGAGUGCGAAGAAUGCGAAGAGAGGAAAGAAUACGAAGGAGAAUGAGGAGUACCGGAAGGUGGUUCUCAAGUUCUCCUUGUACCACGGUGAUAUCGUGGUCAUGCAUGGCUCCCGCAUUCAUGAGGAGUAUCUGCACAGGGUCGAUCCGAAGGGAAAGCGCCGUUUCGCUCUGACUUGCAGAAACAUCGACCUCACGCACUCAAGUUUCACCCCUCAAGGCCGAGAUGAUGCCAUCAUGAAGAGCACCGUCCCGUCGGUAUCAAAGAUCUGGGAUUACCCGAAGCCUGAUGACAGCAAUGAGAUCGAGAUGAAGUCCUGCAAUUCCUGCUUGGUUACGGAUCUCAAGAAAUCGGUCGCUGUUCAAGCUACUACACUCGAGACGAAGGCCUUCAUAGGUGGCAGAGCCGCAACGGCAGCUGCUUCCACCACCGCCUCGGCUGGAGCCAAGAACCUUACAGGAAUGAUCAAUGCUCCCAAUCGUCGUAUCACGCGCGUGCGUACCAGAAAGCGUGAUGGCACCGACAGCGACGAGAACUAUAGCGAGGGUGAGUCUCCUCUUACUCGCACUGCCAAGAAGCGCAGAACCAGAGCCUAG